AUGGAAAAAACAAAUUCAACAAAAGCAAUUAAAGGAAUAACAAUGAGAAGAAACUCCCUCCAGGGAGAGCUCCCAUUUAAAGAACCAAAAGAACUUGGCAGGAGAGACACCACAACUAAGGAACCAAAAGAACCUACAGCCAAGGAUAUAAUGGCGGAACUCACCAAGAUACAGGCAACACAAGAAAAAAUGCAAGAAGCCCAGGAGAAAAUACAAAAAUCCCAAGAAAAGUUAGGGAAACUAGAAAGUAACCUACAAAAAAUGAUAAAAGAAGAGAUGGUAAAAGUGAGAGAGGAAAUCAAAGAAGAAAUUGCAAGCAUCAAAACAGAUAUGAAUACUAUGCAAAAUGAAGUCAAGGAAUUAAAAAGAGACAAAGACACCCAAAAAAAAGCUAUAGCGAAAACUAAUAAGAGGAUGGACCAGAUAGAAGAAUUAACUACCAAAAUGAAAAAGAUGCAAGAGACAGUAGAAAUGAGGGAAACGGAAUUUAAAAUCAGGAUCAGAAAUAUAGAAGAAAGGGACCAGGAUAACAUCAGGAACAUAGCUACAGAGAUAACAUCUAAAGUACUGGGAAUACCUGAGGUCGAAAUGGAUAAAAAUAUAGACCGAGUAUAUAGGGUUCAGACAAUAUACGCAAAAAAAAAUGGCACCCCAAGAGACACAGUAAUACACCUAGCUAGAAAACACUUAAGAGACCAAAUACUAACUAGAAAUGCCAAAGAACCGACAAUCUACAGAGGAAGAAGGGUAACCAUACUUAAAGAAGUACCAUCAUUUGUAAUGAGUAAAAGAAAACCAUAUUACUUCUUAACGGACGAACUGAAGAAACAACAAAUUAAAUUCCGUUGGGAAAAAUAUGAAGGCAUUAUGGUCUCUUAUGGAGAAGAAAAGCACUGGUUAACAACAGUAGAUAAAGCGAGGUAUUUUUAUAGUAAAAUCAAGAAAAAAGACCAGGAACAGGUGCAUAGUAAUAGACAACAAGGGAAAGGAGCAAGUGUUAAAGGAACCAGGGAAUCAGAAGAGGAAGACAUUGAGCCGAUGGAACUGCUCAAUGAAAGAGGCAAGGGAGAGAAAAGAGCUAGACUCACAUCCCCAGAAGAUUACAACAAACAAGCAUCCCAAAAUAAAAUGUCUAAGGACCUAACUAAUUUUAUACCUAAUGAUGAAAAUAAAGAUUGUGUUCGAAGAGUGAACUAUGACAAGUUAGAUGCAUUACUGAACAUCACUGGGCUUCAAGGAAGAGAUCAUUUGUAUGCCAUUGAUGAAGCUCAUGAAAAGUUUAUGGCAAUUUAUCCAACCAUUUUUGUUAAGGAAAAGGUAGUGUUACCAGGCAUUCCUGAAAAAAGAACGACCGGGGUACAUUCCUGUUAUAUAACUGACUCUAAAACCAGGGAAGAUUUUGACAGUCACAAUGUCAAGUUCUACAUGGAUCAGGUGAAAGGUCCUCAAAAAUUGCAUUCUGGCUCUCCAGAAUAUAUAGGAAAGCUGCAAGACCUUGUAAAGAUACUCAAGAAGAUCCCUAUUAUGAGAACUCAGAAAGAACAUGAGAGUGUAUAUAAGAUGAUGAAAUUAAUUUCUGGUAUCAGUGAACAACUUUCUGAUGCAGAGAUGAGGGAGCUCAGUUUCACUGUUGUAACAGAAUACUGGAAGAAAGGAAGUCCAGUGGAUGGAAGCAUGGGGUUUUAUGCUGUACUCAAAGGAUCUAUUAGACCACAGACAAAAUAUUACAAGAAAGUGGUUGGAGGACAUUUUAUUUCAGCAACAUCAUCAUCCACUUCCAUCGUGAUACCAACUAAAUUAUCCUGGGUGUUGCCACCACAACCAUUGCUUGGUGUAGGUAGUUGCUUUGGGACAUUGGUACCUCUUCCUGGACGGCUGAAAUAUAAAACUCUGAUCAUUUCUACCGAGGAGGACUGUGAUUUCCUCAAAAUCUCAUCUAUAGAUUACUUAAGAAUAAAAGCGGAACUAGCAAAGCGUGAACAGCUGGCAAAAGAAGAAUUAAUCCAUGGUUCUCCAUAUUAUAAAGACUGGCCUAUGGUAUUUAUAUUUCAGCUGACUGCUCACUUAAAAUGGAAGAAGUUUCCAAAAGGCUAUAUGUUUAUGAAAGGAGGAGAAAUCAGCGAAUAUAUUGGAUUCAUUAAAUCUGGACACUGCAAUGCUUACAGAGUAAUUCCAGCCCUUGUGAAGCUGCCUCUAGGGAAAAUGAUUAAACAAUUGAGACAUGUCCUCAUUGGCCAGUUGAAUCCAAAGGAAUCCUUUGGAGAAAUGAGCAUUCUUCUACAGAUCCCAUCUAUGUAUACACUGAAGGCAGCAACCACAGUUGAACUGGGAAUUAUUGAGGCUUCAGUCAUACUUGAUUUAGAUCCAGUGAUUAAAAUGCUUUUUCUACAAACUGUAAAGCCAUCAUUUGAAAAUAUCUCUCACGACGAUCUUAAGCUUGCAUAUAUAAAAAGGGAAAUAGAAAAAGAAUGGAAGCAGAAAAAGGACACAAUACUGAAUGAAGCAUUGUUCUUCAAUGGAAUUAAUCCUGGUUUUGGAAAAUGGGUCCAUGAGAAGCCAAAUUUAGACAAGAGUCAGAAAAAGCAUUCCCAUGGUGUUGCUGGAAGAUCCAUGCAGAAAAAAACAGUGAUUCUGUAA